CCUACCAAAAGGGCAUGAAGAUUCAAGAAAGGAAAACUCAUUAAGAAUACAUUUUUCUUGAAAAUAAAAAGGAGGAGAGGAUACAUCAACUGACUUGCAAACUACUAGUUUCACAUACAAGUCAUUAAUUGAAAUUGUGAAUCCUCUCAUUUCAUGCCCAUCUCCUUCCCUUUCUUCCAUGGAAGAUAGUUCAAGAUUUCCAAUGGAAAAAACUAGCAGAAUUAUUAGAAGAUCGAUCUACACUUUCCUUCAAAACUAUCACUACUUCACUUCAACAGCAGCUCUCUUAGCCUUCCCUUUCUCAAUCUCAAUUCUCCUCUCACAAACCUUAUUAGUCCCCUCUUCAUCAACUCUCUUAUCAACUUUAUACACUCAUUUGCAGAAACUCUUCCAGGCUGCCGGAUUCCCUCCCUCCUUAGAAUUCUUUAACAUUUUGAAUGCCAAGAUCUCACAAACAAUCUCUUCUUCCAUUUUCACAUUACCCUUUACUCUUUCUUUCUUUCUUCUUGCAAAAGCAUUGGUAAUUCAAGCUCUUAAUUAUAUUCCUAAACCAAUUUUAACACCACCUUCCUUUUCUUCUAUUAUUUCCAUUUUUAAUCCUCUUCUUGUUACCUAUAUAUGCAAUAUAUUCUUGAUAGUUUCCGCCAAUGCUACUGCCUUUUUUUUCUUGUUUCUUUCUUUUAACUUUCUUGAAGGGUUCGGGUUCGGUUCCCCCACCGGUUUUCUCCUCCUGUCGGCUGCCGGAGCAGUUUUUUACUCCAUUAUUCUUGCCAAUGCACUUGUAAUAUGCAACUUAUCACUGGUUUUAUCCGGCACAGAAAAAUCAGGCGGAUUCUUGUCAAUUCUUAAGGCUUGUGUAAUGAUUAGUGGAAAGACUUCGACGGCAUUAUCUCUUGCCUUACCUGUAAACUUGGCUUUGGCUGGAAUUGAAGCUCUGUUUCAAUAUAGAAUUGUAAGAGCUUAUCAGAAAGGUUCAACUCCAAAUUCAUUGAUGAUUCUUGAAGGGAUGUUAAUAGCAUACUUGUAUUCAGUUUUUCUUGUUCUUGACACUAUUGUUAGUUUCUUCUUCUUUAAAAGCUGCAAAGCAAGUUCUUGCAUAGAUCAAGAAGGUAGGUAUACCUACUGCAGAAUUGAAAUCGCAGAAGAAGAAGAAGAUGAUAAUGCUGAUUUUGCAAGCUCAAAGAACUCACAAGAGUUUCCAUAAAUUAUAUACAUUGAGCGAAAGAUAUACAAGAUCAAGUAAUUUCCUUUUCUUUUUUUUUUUUCUUUUUUUUUUAAUUCUUGAUUUUUACAGAAGGAUUUAUAGAACUUAAGUAGCUUUUGUUUCCUCCAAGAAACCAGGCUACUUAUUUUUAGAACAAAAAUAAAGAUCACCCCCAAAGUUUAUCAGAUUUUUUUUUUCCUCUUUCUUCUCAAUUUCUUGUCUUUUUUUUUUCAAUAUUUUGUUCAUUUGUAUAUGGGAAAUUGAAUAUCAAAUUGUGAAUUAAGAAAAAGGGUUUUCGUUA